AUGUCGGAUUUAAAAUUACCAUUAAAAUUUAUUGAUUUCAUUUUUAAUUUAUAUACUGGAAGGACUAUUUCUUUACAUAUACCUGGUUUUGAGGAUAAAAUAAGAAAAGUUUGGAAAGGUAUCCCUCAGGGUUCUGUUCUAAGUCCUCUAUUAUAUGACAUUUAUACUUUUGAUCUCCAUUUAAGUGUUGAUCCUUCCUGUUCCAUCUUACAAUAUGCAGAUGAUGUCUUAGUUUACUCUGCUAACCGUGAUAUUAAAAUAGCAGCGGAAACUCUUAACGAUUCAUUAAACAAGUUAUCAUCCUGGCUCUCUGCCCAAAAUCUUUCGUUAUCUAAAUCUAAAAGUCUCAUAGUUGUUUUUACGCGGAAAAGAAAAGUUCCCACCGUAAAUAUUUUUGUUGAUGGAGAACGAAUACCAGUGGUUAAAGAGGCGAAAUUUCUUGGUCGCAUUUUUGAUUCUAGUAUGAACGGUAACGCUCAUAUCAACGACAUUGUAAGAAAAUGUGAGAAAAACAUAAAUAUUAUGAGAGCUGUAAGUGGCGUUUGGUGGGGGUCUCAUCCUGGUGUACUUAGGUUAAUGUAUAAUGCUUUGGUACGUAGUAUAUUAGACUUUGGCUCCAUAACUUUUUGUCUUGAAAACAAACAACCUCUACAUAAAUUAGAUUUAUUACAACAUAAAAGUCUCAGGAUCGUUAUUGGAGCCAUGAAUAGUACUCCAAUAAAUGCUUUACAAAUAGAAUGCUCUGAACCGCCGAUAUCUUUGCGUAGACAAUACCUUUCUGAUAGAUUUAUAUUUAAAAUUCAACAAUAUCAUGGACACCCCUUAAUUUUGAAACUACAAAAUCUUUGUGAAGUUAUUAAUGGACGAAAUGCUUUCUGGCGUAACCGGAAAAUCCCUUACUUAGUUUCUAGCUAUAGAAGAUUUUUAGAACUACGUUGUUCAAUUCAUAAAUUUCAAUGCCACUCAACUUUUUCAUAUGAUUACGAGACUUUAAUGUUUGUACCCGAUAUCAAGUUAUCAAUAGAUAUCCAAAAAGGAUCAAGCUCGGCAAACUCAAAAUUAGCCUCCUUUAUUAAAAACUUAGAACCUAAAUCGGAGGAUUUCUAUACUGACGCGUCUAAAUCCGUUUCCUCGGAUGAAAAAAGCGUAGGAGCUGCUUUCUUAAGACUCUCGUCAGGUCAUUUUCGUCUUUAUAAAUAUCCACAUCUUUCUUCAAACUUUGUUGGAGAAGGCAUGGCUGUCCUUGAAUGUGUCAAAUAUAUAAUUUGCAAUAAAAUAGAGAAUUCAUAUAUAUUUUCUGAUUCAUUGAGCUUUCUUCAGUCUCUUUUAUCAAAUCCAUUUAAAAAGAAACCUCCUUGUCCGCUUUCUCUUGAGGUAAAACUUAAAUUAAAAGAAUGUCAUGAUUCAAAUUUACGAGUCACAUUAGCAUGGAUUCCUGGCCAUUCGGGCAUCCAAGGAAAUGAAUUGGUAGAUUAUUUAGCUGCUAUGGCCGCAAGGCAGGGUAAUACAUAUAUUGACAAAGUGUAUACUCAAGACCUACUAGAAAAGCCUCGGGAGUAUCUUUUAAAAGAUUGGAACUCCGACUUGUUUAUCAAAAGGUGGACGAUAUCGUCGUCUUCAUAUCAAAAUUAAUUUAAAACCUUGGUUUUCUAAGUUUAAUUUCCCAAAAAAAGUAACAUCUACCAUAUCGAGAUUAAGAUUUGGCCAUUGUAGUUUACCCAGUCAUUUAUCGAGAAUUGGUGUCGUUGACUCAGAUGCUUGUGAACAUUGCAAUACCAAUGGAAACAUCGAACAUACAUUAUUUGAAUGUGUCAAAUACAAAUCCAAACCACUUUAUGAAUUCCUUAUAAAAUUUCGUGCUCCUCUCCCUUGUGACUCCUACACUAUACUUUCCUUUGUUGAUUUCAAAUAUACUAAAGCUCUUAUUUCUUUUCUAACCUUCCAUAAUAUUUUAUUAUAAUAUCUUUUCUUCUUUACAUUACUAUAUUUUACUAUAUGUAUAUAUUGCCCUAGUUCCUCCUAUACCGCCUAUUUCUAAAGUCCCUGCUCCUAUCCCUCUACACUGGAAUAUCAUGGCAACUUGACAUUUCAAGAUGAAGUUACUAUGUCGCCUUUGGCUGACUCGACUCUGGCUAAAAUAAGCUUCCGAAUGAAGUUUGAUCGCCAUAUUGAAGAAAAAAAAAAAAAAAAAAUCUCAGGAACUGCCGGUCCGAUUCAAAAAUUUCUUUCAGUGUUAGAUAGCCCAUUUAUCGAGGAAAGCUAUAGGCUAUAUAACAUCACGCUAAGACCAAUACAAGCGGAGCACCAAUAAAGAAUGUUUUAAAAUCUAUAUGUCUAUAACAUAUAGACAUAUGCUGUCGCGGACUUUUUUUUAGAUCUUUUAAAGGGAAACAAUCUGGCAUACAUUAUUUUAGCGAAAUUUUAACCGUUUCUGCAGCGGAAGCUCUCAAAAGGUAAAAAUAACCCCGAUUUUGAAACAUAGAUCUUUUGUCUAAUAAGGUUGGCUCACUAUAACGUUUUUUAUGCUAACCAAAUUUGUUCUAAAAUAAAGCAUUAUUUGUGAACUAUUCCACGCGGAUGAAGUCGCGGGCAAAAGUUAGUCUAUAUAUAAAGCCCGCUAAAAUUAAAACCUCUAAAAUUACACUAUUUUUUCAAUUAGUUUCUUAUUAGAUUCUAUAGCGAAUUGAACGAAACACUGUCAACGUAUGCUCUGCAUCAAUGGUCUCAAUAUUAUUCAGUUACUUUUACGGUCUAAGGUCUUAUUAUUUUCAACUUUUUCAUUAGAUUACGGUUUUCGUAGUUACGGAUGACUUACUAUAGAUACUACACCUACCUACUUACUAAUACAUCUACGUAGACUUAUUAGUAGAUAUCUUUUUAAUCAAAGUUUAUCGAAGUAUCUCGCGAAAACCAAAGAAAACACGGUACGGCACUAAAUCUGACAAAUUCUAAACACACUAUCAUUGUCCUAAAUAAAUCGGUAUACCUUUUACUAACCUUAAAAAAAAAAACGAACGAAUAUGUAAACCUAUUAUGCAGAUUUCAUUAACUUUUUGACCAAUUGAGAAAUACUAAUCAAAUACCUACCUAAUGAGUACGGACUUUAUCUAUGUGAGAAGUUAACGAAUUAUUUUCUUUUACCACUCUAUAGUUUAUUAUGCAUGUACCUAUUGGUGAUGACAGCUGAAAUGCACCAAUAUAGGAAAACGAAACGAAACGAAAUUCCCCGAAACUCCAAUGAAUUCUCACCACUUUACUGGGGCAUUACUUCCUAAUGUAUUAUUUCAACAAUUUUUUUUUAUUGCUUUGAAGCGUGGACGAGCUCAUAGCCCACCUGAUGUUAAGUGGUUACUGGAGCCCAUAGAUAUCUACGACGUAAACGCCUUAUACUUUAGGCCACAAUGACUUCAAAACUUAAUGAUAAUCAUUUUAGACUCAUCAACUUCAUUUUAUGUUGCUCCAUUUAGUAAAUUAUAUGCAUGGAUUAGUUAACAAUAAAUAAAAUCGAUGCUGACAACAACAGUAUCACAAGCAGUUAAGAUACUUGAAAAAAAGAAGCAGAAUAACACACUAAAUAAUAAUACUCUUUAAAUAAACAUUCUAAAUUCAAUAACCCCUAACUACGAUUUUCUCCUAGGUUAUGGGUACUGACUAAACACACGAGACAAGAACAAGUACAGCCUGGCCCUUAAUACUAAAUAUACAAGUAGGUAUACAGAGUAAAAUAAAAAUCAAAUCUGAAUUUUGAGGCACAGGCGUCAAGGUCACUGACCAUUGAUGACAUGGUCAAUGUUACAAUCACACCUUGACAGCUCAUCGGCUAAAGCAACACUAAUGAAUAAGAUUUAGCUCAAUUUAACUGGGAGAUCGAGAUCUCACUGAGUCAUACCUCAUGAAUGUUCUAGAAAGUUGCACUGCAUUCCAAAGGAUAGACUUUUAUGAUUUUGAUCUCGAGAAUUGUCUGUGCCAAGUUUUCUGGAUUAAAAUCAAAAUUUCUGAUUACUCUGGAGAUCUGUUAUGUAAGAAUACUACCUAUACACUUGUUAAAAAGGCUUUUUUGUUAUUGAUGAGCAUACCUGUUCAAAGGCCACCUGAUGUAAACUAAUUACCAGAACCCAUGGGCAUUACAACAUGAAUACUAAGUAAGUUAUCCUACUGAUAGAUGAAAUUCAGCCUAGAAAAUAAUUUAAUUUGGGCAUUAGUUUACAAUUAUUUAAUACAGAAAAAUUGCAACAAUACAACUAAAGUGCUUGGUCACCUUCAACCAUUUCCUUCAAAUUCAAUAAUUCAAAUUGCCCUGUGCCCUUUGUUUCAGUUCUUAUCAUUUCAUCCAAACUUCUAAAGUUGCCAGGAUCUAUAAGACACACAAUGUUAGCAGUUCCAGAUUCCCAGUUUUCAUCUUCCACUGUUGUAGCAAGCUUAACAACUUUAUCCUUAGUUUUCCGAGCAUCUUUACCAGUGAGUAAUAUCCUUACUCUCAUUUGAGCUCUUUCAAUAGGUAUUUCAUUCUUUAAUAUUUGUAUCACAUCUAAAGCUUGUUGUUUUGCACUUUUGUUUACAUUGACUGAGAAGUGGACAUCUUUGAUUGCCUUCUCUAUUAUAGAAACUGGAUAUGGUCGUUUUGUUUCUGGAUUGACACAUUUAUCAGCUACAGUAGUUGCAAUAUCUUUAAAUAAAGAAUCUAUCUGUGAA